ACUUUUUUUUUGUUCCCUCUAGGAUACUUUCCUAGUAGAGAAAUUUAUUCCCUUUACUCUUUUGUGUUUUCUAUUGUAAAAGUUCUGUUUUUUAUUCAUCCAUCCAAUCCCACUUCCCAGAAACAGAAAAGGGGGAAGAAAAAUGACCUGUUUGGAUGAUUAUAGUAAUCCUCAGAUAAGAGGGAACUUCUCUGUUCUCAGCCACCCUAUAAUAGUAACCAUAGGCAUCUUCUUGCUUUCUGUCAUUGAGAGGUCUGCCGAAGAACUGGAGAUCCAAAUAAGUUCAUGUUCUGCAAACGUUGCGAUGCUGCAUAUCAUUGUUACUGCCAGCAGCCUCCACACAAGAAUGUUAGCAGUGGACCUUAUUUAUGCCCGAAACAUACAAGGUGCCAUAGCUGUGGAUCUAAUGUCCCAGGAAAUGGUCUUAGCGAAGAUCUCAUCCCAAGAGUNUUGGUCAUGGAUGAUUGUUGGAAAGAAAUUAGUGUCAUCCAUUUCUGCUGGUAGGCGAUUGGUGUUUUGCAGCUCUGUUCAAAUGCAAGAUAGUGGGCAGUCUUUUCGUAUGAUAUUGAAACUGUGGAGACGGAGAGAAAACAUAGAGGGAAAUGAUCUCUAUAGAGGGAGAAACAUGAGAGAACAGGAAUUUUCUGCCGGAGUGGUUAAAGUAGGCAGCAUGAAGCAUGGAUACUUCGACCGGAGUGACGUUUACCGAGAUUCCGAAUCUACGCCUAUGGUUUGUUGUGAUGUCUGCCAGCACUGGGUGCACUGCCAGUGUGAUGACAUCAGUGACGGAAAAUAUUUGCAGUUUCAAGUAGAUGGAAACCUGCAAUACAAAUGUGCCACAUGCCGUGGGGAAUGUAAUCAGGUGAGGGAUCUUGAGGAUGCCGUUCAGGAGCUUUGGAGGAGGAGGGACACAGCUGACCAGGAUUGGAUUGCAAGCUUGAGGGCGGCUGCUGGAUUGCCAACUCAAGAAGAAAUAUUUUCAAUUUCCCCGUUUUCGGAUGACGAAGACGACAGUUCCACUUUAUUGAAGAGUGAUUAUGGUCGUUCUUUGAAGUUAUCUCUUAAAGGGUUUGUUGAUAAAUCACCAAAAAAGAACAAGGAAUAUGGGAAAAAAUCUUCAAAGAAGGAUGGUAAGAAAAUGGUGUAUCAGGCGUCUUUAAACAGUAAAACAGCAGUACACCAGAGUUUUGAAGGACACGAUGAUACCCCAUCGUUUGGAUAUAGCUUAGGUGGUAACAAGAACCAUGAAAUCUUGCCCCAUAGAAAUGGAGAUCCUGAUAUUUUUUCUUCUCCUAUUGCUGGAAGUUUGAGUGAGGGGAUAUGCUCAAUCAAUCAAACAGGGGUCCUGAAACACAAGUUCAUUAAUGAGGUCACAGGCAGCAAUGGGAAUAGGUCAUCCAGAAUGGUCCAAAUUAAGAGAAACAAAUCUCAUGGCUUAGAUAUUGGGGAGGACAUUGGAGAACGUGCUAGAAAAUCCAAGACCACCAAGGGACCAAAGCUAAUAAUACAUAUAGGUGCUCAAAGUAAAAAUGUAACUCAUUCUCCAAGAUCUGAUUCUUCAAGCUUUCAAAAUGAGCAAGAGUUGACAGCUUCAAAUGGAGAUAAAAUGGAUUGCACUGACCAAGUUAAAGGUUCGAAGCUCAAAGAAAGAAAGGGCAACUUAAUAAAGAUCAGAAAAGUUGAUUCAGAAUUUUCUGACAUGAAACCUGAAUUUGUAACGGGGAAAGCUGCUGAUGGAUUUGAAUCUGUUUCUUACAUGAACACACAUGUUUUACCAGGGAAAAGAAGCACCGAGGGAAACACAGCUGCAACUGAGACUGUAAGUGAGGUCCCUGCAAGAGGAGGUGAGAAGAUAUCUUUGCUGAAGUACACGAAAGGUAGGCCUGAUGUAUCAGGUUAUUUGAAUGAAGAUACUAGUAGCAUACCGUCACUCUCGCAUUCUUUGCCAAAGAAUCCCAAACCUUUACUAAAGCUUAAAUUCAAGAAUCCCUCUAGUGAGAACCAAAGUUCCUGCCCUCCUGGGGAGGAUGAGAAAGGAUUUGCUAAGGAACUAAGGUCAAAAAGAAAGAGACCUGCCUUCACGGAGAAAACAUCAGCCAAGGAAGAUGAAGAUCCGUCAAAAUGGUAUGAAAACUCAAUGAAUGAUAUCAUGGAUGUUAAUUGGAUACUGCAAAAACUGGGUAAAGAUGCAAUUGGAAAGAGAGUAGAAGUUCAUCAGUCAUCUGACAACUCCUGGCGCAGGGGAACAGUAACUGAUGUCUUUGAAGGCACUUCAAUCGUAUCUGUCAUUCUAGAUGAUGGAACGACCAAGAAUUUGGAAUUUGGGAAGCAGGGAAUUCGCUUUGUUUUUCAGAAGUGAAGGCAGUAAAAAUCAUAAAGCUUAAAGCUAUUCAGUAAAGACAAUCAUAUCAUUUGAGAUGUUCCAUUUUUACAGCAGUGGAGCGAACCAAUAGUAUCAUGGUUGAUUUCAAUCUCUGGAUGUUCUGAGGCUGUAAGAAAUCAAAGGUUUUCUUGCUUUGCUUGCUCAGAGAUUCAGCUUGCUCUUCACCUUAGCAUUGUGGCCAAUUGGUUUUUGUUAACACAUGAGGAGCUAAUGAUGUCCAAUCAUGUUUAUGCCAAUGGCAGGUUUUCCCUAUUAACCUCCUUUUGUGUUUUUCUCUGAUAAUUUAAUUUUUUUCUAUUAUCUCUCUAAAUGCCGUGGAAUACAUGUUUGAGCCUCUUUUUUUUUUU